CAGGAUGGUGGGGAACAGGUUUGAGGCUGUUCUGAGGAGGUCUGUACUAGCUAAUGCACGCGAGCCCAUGGUUCUCAGGGUCAAGGCCUUCCAAACUAUCUUGAUCGCGCUUCUAGUGGGCGUGAUCUUCUUGAACCAGGAGACCAACCAGGAUGGCAUCACCAACCUCAACGGUGCACUCUUCCUCCUCCUGACGCAGAUGAGUUUCUCCAACUCAAUGGGAGUCGUCAAUACUUUCUGCUCCGAGCUGCCAUAUUCCUGCGAGAACCCCUUUAACGGAAUGUACCGCACUAGCGUCUACUUCCUGUGUAAGAACCUGGCUGAGCUGCCUCUGGCGCUGAUACAACCUCCCGUCUUCACUGCUAUCACCUACUACAUGAUAGGUCUCUCAACAGAUGCCAAGAACUUUUUCGUUUGCAUGGCCAUACUCAUGCUGGUGGCCAACGCUGCCUUUCCCCUUUUUGGGACAACAUGGGACUGGAUGUCGGGCCCCCUCUUCGCUCUCAUCUUUGGGUAUCGCAUAAUAGGCUACCUCCUGCUGCUUCUUAAGACAACAGAAAGACCGUCAAGCAAUAUGAGUGAUGAUAGGCAACGAUGCCGGCCCAUCAGACACAAGGCAGCCAAGCUGGGCCAUCAGGCCUGGCCAUCAAGCAGGACUACUAAGUAG